AUGCGUAUUAUAUUCUUCAUAGAUUCCGGAGCACAGGUUAAUACAGUAACUGAACCUAUUUUCAACAAACUCCUUCAAAAGGAGAAGUCACGAAAGAAACUAAUUGACUUGAGUUAUACAUCAGAUAAGUCACUUAGAGCUUACGCUACGAAAACUAAUAUUAAGAUAAUAGCUACGUUUUCGGCUGAACUGUACAUAGCUAAUGACCGUCCUGUAUGCAUUGAAAAAUUCUACGUUGUAAAUGAGAACAGAGCCCUAUUAGGGUUUAAUACGGCAACAAGGUACAGUGUUCUCGUUGUCGGUUUGAAAAUUCCAGUCGGAAAUUUUUACACAAGCACUAAUUGGUCAUGCGAACUUGCAGCAGUAAAUACCGUUCGAAAGUCAACUACAGAUGAAUUUCCCAAAUUUAAUGUACCACCAGUUGUUUUGUACUACGACAAGGAUAUGCCUCCGGCCAGGAACGUAUUUACUCACAUCCCUGUUGCUUACAAGGAUCUAACAAAACGUAAGCUAAAUGAAUUGCUAUCAUCUGGUAUAAUAGAACUUGUAACUGAAGAUAUGGACCGUUCAUUCUGUUCAUCACUCUUGGUAGUACCUAAAGGACGAGACGAUAUAAGACUUGUUGUUGACCUCAGAGGCCCUAAUAAAUACAUCCAUCGAACUCCGUUCAGUAUGCCGACAUUUGAAGAAAUAUUGAGAGAUCUGCAUGGUGCAAAAUGGUUUUCCACCAUUGACCUGAAAAGCGCCUUCUUCCAUGUUGUUUUAGACGAGAGCUGUCGCCACCUCACCAAUUUUUUUUCCGGUGAAGCCAUGUAUAGAUGCUGCCGAUUGCCUUUCGGACUUUGCAAUGCCCCUGAUAUUUUUCAGGAAAUUAUGCAAUCAACUAUUCUAUCGGGUUGUAAAGGCGUAGUUAACUACUUGGACGAUGUUCUUGUUAUGGGGAAAACGGAAGAAGAGCAUGACGAUAACCUGAAUGAAGUUUUAAAGCGAUUCCAAAACCACAACGUCAACAUCAACAUGGAUAAAUGUGCAUUCCGUCAACAAUCAGUAAUAUUUCUGGGCUUCAAGUUGUCGGAAGAAGGAUGGAGUAUAGAAAACGCAAAAAUUCAAGCUAUCAAGAAUUUCCGGAAACCAGAAACUCAGGCCGAAGUCAAAAGUUUUUUAGGCUUGAUCAAUUUCAUAGAGAAAUUUAUACCACAACGAGCCGAUAGAACACGAUACCUUAGAGAACUUGCAAAAGCAGAUCGCUUCUAUUGGUCACAAGAACACGAUAGAGAAUUUCAAUAUCUAACGCAAAAUGCCUGGAGAGUAAUACAAACAUUGGGUUACUAUAACAGAGAAGAUGUAACAGAGUUGUUCGUGGACGCUUCUCCUUUUGGACUGGGAGCAGUUCUUGUUCAGUUUGAUCUAAAUUCGAAACCUAGAGUGAUUGCGUGCGCUUUUAAGGCACUUUCAGUUACCGAGAUGAAAUAUCCCCAGACCCAAAAAGAAGCGCUCUCAAGGGUGUGGGGCGUAGAAAAGUUUUCUGCUUACCUCAUGAGUAUCCCAUUCACUAUAAGAUCAGAUGCGGAAUCAAACGAAUUUAUAUUCGGUGGUAUGCAUCGCAUUGGGAAAAGAGCAGUUUCGCGCGCAGAGGCAUGGGCUCUUAGAUUACAACCAUACAACUUCAAAGUGGAACGAGUGCCCGGAAAUCAAAAUUUGGCAGACGCACUGUCCAGAUUAAUCCAGAACCCAGAGUCAUCAGAGUCAUUUGACGAGUCAGAUGAUCGCCACCUUUUGUAUUUACUGGAUGCAGGAGCACUAGAUUUCUCAUGGCACGAAAUAGAGACAUAUGCCGAGAGCGAUGAGGAGCAACAGGACGUCAGACAAUCACUCAAAACAGGUGUUUGGAAAACUGAGCAUCGCCAUUACGAAUGCCAAGUAAAGUAUCUCCAAACUUUAGGAGCAUUAAUAUUCAAGAUGGAUCGGGUGGUCUUACCAAGUAAAUUACGUGGACGAGCUCUCCAAAUUGCUCACCAAGGUCAUAUGGGUGCUGCAUCAAUGAAACGUAUUCUGAGAAAUCAUUUUUGGUGGCCAGGUCUAGGCAAAGACAUAGAUAACUACGUGAAGCUCUGCGAAACAUGUUUGAGACUAUCCCGAAAAAACCCACCAUUACCUUUGAUAAGCAGAACACUACCAGGGGGACCAUGGGAGAUAUUACAAAUAGAUUUUUUCACUGACCAAGAUUUCGGAUAUGGAGAGUUUCUAGUCGUCGUUGAUACUUACUCCCGGUACCUACAUGUUAUCGAGAUGAGAAGUAUGGAUGCCUGUGCCACAAAUCAAGCCCUAAUGCGAAUUUUCGAGGUUUGGGGUUAUCCUUUGGCAAUCCAAUCUGACAACGGCCCACCUUUCCAAAGCGACACAUUCGUUAAAUCAUGGGAAGACAGAGGUGUCAAGAUUUACAAAUCUAUUCCGUUGAGCGCGCAGUCAAAUGGAGCAGUUGAAAGACAGAACAAGGGAAUUAAAGACGCUCUGGCAGCGGCUAGACUGGAUAACGAAAACUGGAGAACGGCACUUGACAAAUACGUGCAUAUGCAUAAUAAGGUGAGGCCACUGUCCCGGCUGGGUAUAACACCAUUCGAAAUGUUAGUAGGAUGGAAGUUCAGAGGCACGUUCCCGAGCCUUUGGAACUCAAAUGCUACAGAACCAUUGGAUCGGACGGAUAUCAAGGAAAGAGAUGCAGUUUCAAAACUAAAAAGCAAGAUAUAUGCCGAUUCACAAAGAGGUGCAAAAUUCUCUGAUAUCACUAUUGGCGACAGAGUGCUGAUCGCACAGCAGAAAAAACGAAAAUCAGAUCCGACUUUUUCAGCAGAUAAGUUUACUGUCAUUGCUAGAGAUGGUGCUAAGGUGGUCGUUCAAAGUGAUCGAGGUGUUCAAUACUCACGUAAUGUUCAGGAUAUUAAAAGAGUGCCGAAACAGCUAGAGAUGAAUCUAUCAGAAAAUAAGGAAACAUACCCCAUAAUACUGGACGAGAAUCUAAGUGAUACACACGAAACCACGAGACCACAGAGAGCGAUUCAAAAACCAAAUAGAUUUAAGGAUAUGAUACUAUAUUCAAUUUUUGAAUGA